UUCAUCAGAAGGUCAGUACUCCUGUAGAGGAAAGGGUGUGCAAUAUCGAAGGCUUCUGCUGUACUUGGCAAAGUUGAGCUAAAAAACUGAAGUCUCGCUCUAGAAUAGCCUCUUUGUCCUGUGUUAGUGUUUGGGACGGCGAUUUGAAAGUUUGUUACAUUGACCUGGAUAAAGAAGAAUCCGCCAAGAUGAAUCUUUUAGGCCGUGUCGGGAUGGUUUUUCUCGUUGUCAUCAACAUUUUCUUUUUGAUUGCUGGCAUUUCAUUACUGAUCGGCGGGGCAAUUAUGAAUGAAAAAGGAGGGGCGUAUGCCGCACAGUAUAUGCCAUUGCUAGAGAACAUUUCCAUCGGAUCUUUUAAAAUGGGCAGCCUUGUGAAAGCUCUCGCCGGAUUCGGAGUAUCCCUGGGUCUUUUCGCUGUUGUCAUAGCCAUCAUUGGUAUUGCAGGUGCAAUCACUAGAAUGAGGCUGUUACUAAUUAUAUACGGAGCGGUUAUAAUUAUCAUCUUACUUCUGGAAUUUGUCGCUCUUGGAGGAUGGUUCACUUUCAAACAUGAGAUGGUGGCCUCCAUUAAAGACCAGAUGUUGAACCUUAUCCAGAGGUAUGAUGGAAAUGCCGCAAAUCAACUGACAAGGGCUUGGAAUUUCCUCUUCUUGACCUUCCACUGUUGCGGAGUGAAUCCUGUUAUUCUAGGAAACGACUUUGUGAGCAGUAUCUGGUGGUUGAACCCCCUCAGAGGCCAAGCCAUCAUCCCGGGUCACUGCUGUGUGGGCGCGGAUCCAAACACUGCCGACUUCAACAUCAAUCAACUGUGUACCAUCAAUCCAUCAACUGUGACCGCUUACAUUGAUAGGGGAUGCUACAACGAAAUGUCGAACAUAAUGAAUCCAUACAGCAGUACAUUCAUCGCUAUUGGCGUUGUCCUUGUGAUAAUUGAGAUAAUUGCCGUAGCAUUUGCUUUCUUGAUGGCUCGUCAGUUGCAAAAAGAAGUUGAAUCGUAAUCCCACCGGCGGAAAUAAAUCCAACAUAAGAAACUGUUGAAAGUGUUGAUUGGGCGAUAUAGCGACAAAGCUAUGCGAUGCUGAUUUUAUUCGAACCAAAGUCUUUUUUUAAAGCAUUUUUUUACGGGUUAAGUCUCGCUAGGAAUUGUGCUUGUCUCAGACCUAGAUAAAUGGGACGCGAGGACGACCCGAUCUCGUGCAUGAAGCAUAAUAUUUUGUAUAUAUAGCGUGAGGGAAUAACAGAAAGUAUAUUGUAUAAUUUGUCAAGGCAUUAGACGUACGACUUGUUCAUUAUGUGCUUUUGUUAAGUAGUUGCUUUAGUCCCCAAAGGUGUACAUACUUUUAACGGCAUGUAGAAAUGCUUAACUGAAUUUACCUGUAUACAUAUGUUCGUGUGUUUUUGAUUGAUUAUGAAUAAAGUCUUUGUAACCAUCUUCCAUUUGUGGUCCUGACUAACGCAACGCUGUAUCUUGACUUACAGAUCUGUGCAGUCAUUGCAGCAUUUGGAAUGUUGUCUCAAAUGAAAAACGAUGUCGAAUAUGAAGUCAAUGAGAAAAAAUGAAAAAGACUAUAAUAAUGUGUUUAUAUAUAGAUUGGUGUACUUGGCAGGGACAUGUAUGCAAUCAGAUGUUGUUUUAUUUUUUGUCAUACAUAUGGAUAUAAAUUAACAUUGUAAACAGUGUAAACAUCAAUUUUUUGUACUUAUGAUAUACUUUUCUAAAUAUUAAUUUUCUUAUAUAAACAACAAAAUCAA